AGGCUCCUUGCUUCAUCUAGUAUUUUCUCCUGUUCUGAACACUAGAGUGAAGAUGAUGUUCGUGAUAAUCGUUUUGCUCACUUUACUAUCCCAUGUGCCAGCCCUUGAUGUUUGCCCUAAAUGUGGCAACAUGGAAGUCCCUUACCCACUUAGCACAAGUGAUAAUUGUGGAAACCCUAGGUACAGAAUCUAUUGCAACAGUGGUGCUCUGGAGUUCUCGUCAGCUCAAGGGUUUUACUACAGGAUUCUUAGCAUCAACCCUAGUGCUCGUAAGCUUGUCAUUAGGCCUCCCCUAAUAGUGAAGAACACAUGUUGUUCCUCUGAUCUUUCCCUAGGAGGAUUAAGUCUCAACGAAAACUCGUCGUUCAACAUAUCCACUCAUAACACUGUUAUGUUAUUCAACUGUUCUGAUAACAUCCUACUGUCACCGUUGAACUGUUCAUCGACCAGCUUUUGUAGGCAGUAUGAGGAGGUUGGAGAGGGAAGUGGAUGCAAAGGUACUCUUUGUUGCCACUUUUUGAAAGAUACAGCAAUGACCUCACACAGGAUUAGGGUCAGGGCUGGAGGGUGCACUGCUUAUACUUCUGUUGUGGACAUCAAACCUGAUGAUCCCAUUGAUAGAUGGAACUACGGAAUUGAGCUGCAGUGGCUGCCUCCACUCUAGGAGGCAGCACUUGACUGCUUGUGGUGCAAGCUUUUGAACCAUAUUGCUGCUUGUCAUGCCUAAUUCACAUCUCAUGUCCUUGUUCAUUUUCUUUUCUUUCUAUUGCUCGUAUGUGUGUGCUUGUUCCAUCUAGAUUUUCGCUAUUUAAAAUUGAAUAAAUUCAAGUUCUUUUUUCUUGAUUUUUUUACUUCAUAUAUGGAGCUGGUGGAUCCUACUUAUCUUUCAUGUAUUCAAUGGAUACCAAGCUUUCACUAUCAAGAGUGAUUAUGGGGCAACUUCCUUAAUAAUAAUUCACUUUUGAAUGCAUGUAAUCGAUUAUUAUGAUUGACAGGUUAAAAGCAACAAUAAUGAGCGAACUGUCCUUCUAAGAAUCUCUUCUUGUCCAUAUAAAGCAAAGCACACCAGGAGAACUCAACUCUACCUUUGUUGCCCUUUGCACUUUGGACUAUAGAGACAAGCAGAAAGGAGGGAAGAUUGUGCAAAAGCUUUAAAUAUAUUUUUACCACGUAUUGAUAUAUUUGGCAUUUGGCUUAUUUAGUUUUUGGGCAUUGAAUGAAGCA